UCAGUCACCUGCCCGAGGUCGCAUUUCACCUGUGGCGAUGGGAAAUGUAUUCCGCAGCACUGGAAAUGUGAUACCUAUGCCGACUGUGCGGACGGUUCGGACGAAAUCGAUUGUGAUAAAGCACACCAGUGCAAAGAGGAGCAGUUUCAGUGCAAACUGACCAACAAGUGCAUCCCUCGGAGUUGGACUUGCGAUGGAGAUGCGGACUGCGGAGUGGUGGAAAAGUUCCAGACCAUCGACGUUUCGGACGAAGACGCGGACCUGUGCCGCAGUUCGAAGCACUGUCUUCCAACGCAAACCGUUUGCAGCAACGGCAAGUGUCUAGAUAUAGAGAAAUUCUGCGACGGAGUGUGGGAUUGCACGAACGACGAAUUGAGGUGUCCCAAGAACAACGCUUCCGAGUGCGCCAAGCUGCAAUGUUCCUUCGACUGUCGGCAAACGCCGAACGGUCCCAAGUGUUUCUGUGCCAAAGGAAGUCAACCGAAUGGGAGUUUGUGCGAGGACUUUGACGAGUGCCAGAUCGAAGGAAUCUGCGACCAAACGUGCAAGAACCUUCCCGGGUCGUACAAGUGCACCUGCGCCAGUGGGUACGCCCGGAUCGACAACAAGUGCCUGGCUAUUAAUACGCCAAAGGAGGAACCAAUGUCUCUCCUAUUUGCCACAUCGGCUGAUGUGCAGAAAUUUCCUGUGAUUAACGGUUCCGUCGUAACCAACGAACACUCACCUAGCAUUAAAUUGCCACUUAAUAACAUCCGUGCCCUGGAAAUGUACCACCGAAAUCGAACGAUAUGCCUGAUUCGGUCAGCAACGACAACCCGUUUUGAGUGUUAUAAUGUGGACAAUGUGACCCACACGUGGGAAAUGCCCCUGCCGGAUUUGUUUCCCAACAUCGAUUCCGUCGAUCAGGUCAGCAUCGAUUGGAUCUCCGGCAAUUGGUACUUUCUCGACGAUCAACGGGAAAUAAUCUUCGUCUGUUCGGCCUCCAUGCAACACUGCUCGAUCGUCCUGGAAAAUGACCUCAUGAAACCCCGGGGGAUGGCUCUGGAUCCGACGGUGGGGUUUCUCUUCUUCACCAAAUGGGGCAAAUCGUUGGCAAGUGUUGAGCGAUCCUUUCUGGACGGGAGUAAUCGGACAUCGAUAGUCCUGAAGAAGAUCGUCUAUCCUCAUGGAGUGGCCCUGGAUCUGGCUCUGCAGCACACGUAUUGGGUCGAUACCUAUCUGGAUUCGAUCGAACGCGUUGACUACGACGGUAACAAUCGUUGGUUUCUGAAAAAGUCGGCUAAUUUUAUGAUCAACCUGCAGUCCAUCCACACCGUAAACGUAUUCGAGUCGACUAUUUUUUUAGCCUCAUGGAAGAAUCGCUCAGUCGUAGCGAUCGAUAAGUUCACGACAGAGGCUAAACUUGUCGCCACGGAUAUUGCUCGGGCGUUCCAUUUGCACGUUUUCCACCGACAGAAACAACCGGAAACAGCUCACCCAUGUCGUCGGCAGAACGGAGGAUGCGAUCACCUCUGUAUCCCAGUUUGGAAGAAAUCGGUGGCGAUCAGUCUGUGCAUGUGCUCGCCAGGUUACCGAUUGAAGUCCAAAACACAGUGUGUUCUGAUCAAACGGCCGACGUUCCUGAUCUAUGCCAAAUCAAACCCCGGCAUGAUCCGAGGCAUUCCACUGGGGAUCAAAUCACAGGAGGCGAUCGUGCCUGUGUCGGACCUUGGACGGGACAUCACUUUCGAUUACCACAUAGAAGAUCAGCUGAUAUUCUUCGCGCAUCAUGACAAAAGCCAAGCCAAAUUCUCCAUCGAGAACCAAAAGUUGGAUGGCACCGGCCGGGAGAAGCUCUGGGAAGCUGAGGGUUCCUGUGAUGGUCUAGCCUACGAUUGGAUCGGCAAUAACCUCUUCUACACCAACUCGGAGCGUGGCCACAUAACGGUUCUGAAGCUGGGCAGCAAGCGAAUUGCUCAUGUCGUACUCAGAGAUUUAAUGCGACCACAAUCGAUCGCACUUGAUCCGAAGAAAGGCGUGAUGUACUGGUCCUCGUGGGCCCCGGAUAACGCCAAGAUCGAGUGGUCCUGGAUGGAUGGUAACCGACGGGAUACGCUCGUAGACGGACGCCUUCGACCGAUGAUCUGGCCUAGCGGGCUGGUGCUGGAUCAGAUUCAGAAGCGGCUGUAUUGGUGCGACUCGAGAACUGGGUUGAUCGAGAGUGUCACGUUGGACGGACAUGAUCGGACUCUGCUGUACGACGGUAUGGCUGGGAAUCACUAUCCGGUGACGAUCGGAGUCUACAAGCAGCAGAUCUACUUCUCCGACAAUGUGAAAGGUAACAUCGAACGGUUGAAUAUGAGUGAUCCUAGUGGGACGGAUACGAUCGCAGUAGUGAAGCCUCGUUUGUAUGGGAUGAAGAUAUUCGACAACCUUACGCAGUACAACAGCAAUCACCAGCAGCUGUGCGACAAUGGAUGUCCGGGAAUUUGCAUCAACACUCCGGUUCGUGCGGAAUGCGUGUGCGAAGAAUCGUUCGUGCUGAAUGAGAAUCGUACGGCGUGUGUUUCGCUGGCCACGGUCAAUACGCCGCCGAUGAAGUGUCCCAACGAAACGAACUUCUUGUGUAAAAACGGGGUUCAGUGCAUCGAUCAGCGGUUUACCUGUGAUGACGAUCGAGACUGCGAUGAUGGCAGUGAUGAAGAACAAACCCCGGAUGGACCGUGCAAUCCGAACUGUGACCUGGAGCACAACUUCAAAUGUGAUGACCAAAGAUGCAUUAACAGAUCCCUGGUGUGCGACGGCACGAUGAACUGUAUCGACGAAACCGACGAGGACUACGCCAACUGUGCGAACGUUACCUGCGUGGACAACUUCUUCCAGUGCGUAACGAGCCGGCGCUGCAUUCCGAAAGCGUGGGUCUGCGAUCGGCAUCCGGACUGUGGUCCCAGUGACUUCUCGGACGAACCACCGCACUGUCACAAAUGUGGUGAGUUCGAGUGCAAGAACGGUGUGUGCAUUACGUUCGCGCAGCUCUGCGAUGGAGAGAACAACUGUGGUGACAACUCGGACGAGGCUCAGUGCGACGUGGAGUGCAAACCGAACGAGUUCUACUGUAGUCCUUACGGGUGCAUCGAUCGAUCGCAGAUGUGCGAUCCCAAGUUGAACUGCUUGAACGCGUUCAGUGGAUGCGAACAGCCAGCGAAUGGUACCUUCAGCGGGACUACCAUAGUACCACCAGAGCCUGUAAAGACCGCAGAUGAAGUGAAGCUGGCUCAGUGCAAACAGGAAGCAAAACAGUUUUGUGGAACCGACAAGAACUGCACGGAACAUUAUCAAAAGCUGUGUCAGAAUGCGACGCUUCCAACGGCUUGUCAGUAUCCGGAUAGAAUAUGUCGACCGACGAAUGUGUGCAUAAAGGUCGAUCAGCUGUGCGAUGGCCGGAUGGACUGUCCAGACAAUACAGACGAGGGGUUUCGUUGUAAGGAUCAGCUAUGUGAUAAAACUACACGCGAGUGUUCCCAUACUUGCCACAAUGCUCCGGAAGGGUUUGUGUGCUCCUGUCCGGAGCAUCUGUACCUUCAGCCUAAUCUGAAAGACUGCAAGGUUGAUCACGCUUGCGAACAUUGGGGAACGUGUUCUCAGGUUUGUACUCCCGAUGGAAAACACUACAAAUGUAGCUGUAAAGAAGGUUAUACAUUGACAUUUGAUAAGUUCACCUGCCGAAGUAAUAAUCCCGACGCACCGCAUGUUAUCUUCAGCAAUAGGCAGGAAAUCCGAGGAGUAGACUUGAACACGCUGGCCGUGAAGAACUUCUACACCUCGCUGAGAAACACCAUCGCAUUGGACUUUCUCUGGGGAAACGAGUCAGUACAAAUAUUCUGGACAGACGUUAUCGAUGAUAAGAUCUUUCGUGGAACACUGACGGGAGAUUCACUGAGCAACGUUGAAGCCGUCGUACAGUCUGGUCUGUCAACAGCAGAAGGACUAGCCGUAGAUUGGAUCGGGAUGAACCUCUACUGGAUUGACAGCAAUCUGGAUCAGAUCGAGGUUGCCAAAACCAAUGGCAACUAUCGCAGGACGCUGGUUGCUGGGGACAUGGUUAACCCAAGAGCGAUCGCGUUGGAUCCAAUGGAAGGACUGCUGUUCUGGACGGAUUGGGAAGAAGGCGCUCCCAGGCUUGAACGAUGCACAAUGGCAGGUGAAGAUCGCACCACAAUCAAAUAUGUAGGUUCCGAUGGAGGUUGGCCAAACGGUAUCACACUAGAUUAUGUUCUGAAACGGGUCUACUGGAUAGAUGCUCGUUCGGAUUCGAUCCACACGAUCAACUACAAUGGUCUCGAUCACCACCUUGUCAUUAAGGAUCAGGAGGUCCUCUCGCACCCUUUCAGCAUAACCUUGUUUGACAACUACGUCUAUUGGACUGAUUGGCGAACAAACUCAGUGAUACGAGCCAACAAAUGGAAUGGCACGGACGUUACAGUUAUUCAGCGAACGCAAAGUCAGCCCUUCGGCAUUCAAAUUUUGCACUCCAGUAGACAACCAAACGAUCGCACCAAUAAUCCAUGUGCCAUGAACAACGGCGGUUGUUCACAUUUGUGCCUUCUCAGCGUUAACCAGACUUACCAGUGCGCUUGUCCCCACGUGAUGCGACUGGAUUCGGACAAGAAGCGCUGCGUCCAGAACGAGGAGAUUCUUCUGUUCGUCAUGUCGACAGAGAUUCGAGGAGUCGAUCUUCAGCAGCCAAACCACUACACCAUUCCAACCAUCAGCCAUCAGACGCAAGUGGUCCAGCCGGCCGUGUUGGAUUACGACAUUUCAGAGGGUAGACUGUUUUGGAAUGACAUCCAGCUGAAUGAGAUCAAGUCCUCGGACUUGGCUACGGGCCCGAUCGAAACUAUCUUGGAUACUGAUGUCUCCCACUCGAUGGGAUUCGCGGUUGACUGGAUUUCGAAAUUGCUCUUCAUUUCAACGGGAACGGAAACCAGCAGCCGGAUUCUGGCAUGCAACAUGAAAGGCGAAUAUAUUACGGAGAUCCUUACGGAUUUGUCACUGGUCAACAGCUUGGUGGUGCACCCGUCCAAGGGAGUACUGUACUUUGCUACCACGAAUGAGUCACCGAAACUGUACGAGAUGUACUCCAGUCGAAUGGAUGGCUCGGAGAGAAGGUUGAUCAGCAACUCGACCUUCUACCCAAUGGAGAGCUUGGUGCUGGAUUUUGCUACGGAGCGGCUGUAUUACAUCACUUCGAAAUUGGGCGAGAUUUACUACUACGAUAUUGAAAGUGGAAAGAUCACCGAAGUCUUGGGCGCGAUCGGAUCGCACCCGAUCAGUACGAUGGCCAUCUACCGGGAGCACAUCUACUUCGACGACGGGUACGACAGUCGUAUCGUGCGGUGCAACAAGAAUCUCUGCCAAAGUCGGGAGAUCGUUCGGAACAACACCGGUGGAGUAAACGCCAUUCGGAUGUACCACCCGGGAGCGCAGAACGGGACCAACUCCUGUCAACAGAGCAGCGGAGGUGGUUGCCAUCAUCUUUGCGUGCCGCUGUCCAGUCAGACCCACACCUGCAAGUGUGCCAUGGGCUACCGGCAGGACCCGCAAGAUGCGUCGCGGUGCGUGGGAAUCGACAACUUCUUGAUGUACUCGAUCGGGCAUCAACUGAAGGGCAUCCCGGUGGGUAAAGCGUUGGAUCAGAAGGAAGUAGUGUUGGGACCCCUGCAGAAAAUUUCACUUGCCACGGCUAUUGACUACCACGCGAGCAGUGAUUUUGUGUUCAUCGCGGACAGUGAUCGAGGAUCGAUAACGAAGAUCAAGCGCGACGGUAGUGAAAGAUCGGUGAUCGUGAGCAAUUUUGAGCAGGUGGUGGAUGGGAAUUCGCUGGAUUGGUUAGGAGGCAUUGCAGUUGAUUGGGUGGCGAACAACAUUUACUGGACGGAUCAGAAGAGGAACCUGAUUGAGGUGGCUCGAUUGGAUGGAUUUAUGCGGUACGUGGUAGCGUCGAAUUUGGAAAGUCCUCAGUUGAUCGCGGUCGAUCCCGUGAACGGGUACAUAUUCUACGCUGGAAAAGGAAAGAUCGGAAGGACAGGACUGGACGGCACGGGGAAGUUUAUUUUGGUUAACCAGACUGCAAUUAUUAGUGAUCUGACACUGGAUAUUGAAAACCAGGUUGUGUAUUGGUGCGAGGUUCAAACGGAUAGUAUUUGGAGAGUAGAUUACGACGGCAAUAUGAAGAAGGUCCUACUGAACAACACUUUGGACAAUGUACAAGCACUUGAUCUGUACGAGGAAAAUAUUUUCUGGUCGGAUGUUCGAGGAAAUAUCAAAGUUGCGAAUGUGAAGAACAUUACCAACUUUUGGUCAGUGAUUGAGGCCGAUGGUAAUCCGAUGAAGGAUAUAAAAAUAUUCUCUUCAAAGAAACAGCAAACAACGAACGCCUGUGGUAUGAACAAUGGUGGCUGUGAGCAUCUCUGCUUAUUUAACGGAACGCACCCAAUCUGUGCAUGUUCCCACGGCAAAGUGUCUACCAAAGAUUACAAAACGUGUGAGCCAUACGACAGCUUUUUGAUCUACUCCCGAGUUUCCGCGAUCGAAAGUAUCCACCUGACCGAUUCCCAGAACCGCAAUGGCCCCAUUCCUGAGAUUCAGAACUCGACCCUGCUGAAAAACACGAUCGCUCUAACGUACGACUACGAUCAAAGUCUGAUCUACUAUUCAGACGUAGAGUUCAGUUCGAUCAACUCCGUGUACUUCAACGGUUCGGACCAUCGCCAGAUCAUUACCAAGCAGCUAACCGUCGAAGGUCUCGCGUACAAUCCAAUCACCAAGCACCUGUUCUGGACCUCUAACAACGAAGCAUCCAUUCGUUCACUUGACAUGUCCAACAUUACCCACGACCCCAAGACCAAUGCCGGAUUGGUGAAGGAGCUGAUCAAACUGAAACCCACAGAUAAACCUCGAGGAAUCGCCGUUGAACCUUGCCUAGCCAUGAUCUAUUGGACCAACUGGAAUCCCCUUUCGGCGUCGAUUCAACGAGCAUAUCCUUCCGGUUAUGGGCUGGAGAGUAUCAUCACGACCGAUAUUCGAAUGCCGAACGCGAUCACCUUGGAUUACCAAGCGAAGAAACUGUACUGGGCCGACGCACGGUACGACAAAAUAGAACGGGCGGACUACGACGGUCGCAAUCGAGUAGUUUUGGCGCACUCGACUCCAAAGCAUCCCUUCGCAAUGGCCGUCUACGGGGACUUGCUAUUCUGGACGGACUGGAUACUGCAUGCGGUGAUCAGAGCCAAUAAGUAUUCCGGCAGCGAUGUUCUGUGGUUGCGGAAUGAUAUUGUACGACCGAUGGGUAUUGUUGCGGUUCAGAAGAUCGAUCAGGACUGCAGUGCGGACCCGUGUCGUGUGCUGAACGGAGGCUGCGAAGACGUUUGUAUGAUCGACGCAGCCGGCAAGAUCAAGUGCAGCUGUACGCAGGGAGUGUUGGCCUCGGACGGGAAGCGUUGCGUUCCUGAUCUAUCGUCGCGCUGUUCGGCAGAAGAGUUCAGCUGUUCGGUCGGUGGAUGCAUUCCGUUCUACUUGACGUGUGACAAGAUCACGCACUGUAUCGACGGGUCGGAUGAAAUGGCGAGUUUCUGUGACAGCAGGCAAUGCCCGAAAGGAUUCUUCCUGUGCACCAAUCGGCGUUGCAUUCCGGAGUCGCAGUACUGCGACAAUAUCCAGAACUGUGGCGAUGGAAGUGACGAGCAAAAUUGUCCGUGCGAUCCGGAGACAAAGUUCCGCUGCAACAACGGAUUGUGUAUAUCAAAUAAGAUGCGUUGCGAUAAUGACCCUGACUGUGCGGAUGCCUCGGAUGAGAUCGGUUGUCCUAAAGUACGCAACUGCAGUGCAAUGCACUCGGGAGAGUUCCUUCAGUGCCCAAAUACGACGGCCUGUUACAUGGCGUCGUGGGUUUGCGAUGGAGAAAACGAUUGUUGGGAUAACAGCGAUGAGCAGAAUUGCACGACUUCGAUCGUGCCGACAUGUCCCACCGAUAAGUUCCUAUGUGACAAUGGCCACUGCAUCCCGCAAAACUGGCGAUGUGACAACGAAGAUGACUGUCUGGACGGAACGGUCACUAGUUUGAGUUCGGACGAGGUGAAUUGUACGCGCCAUUGCAAGCCGAACCAGUUUCAGUGUUUGAACUCCUCCGAGUGUAUUCCGAACAGCUGGCAAUGCGACAACAAUCCGGACUGUGCCGAUGGAUCGGACGAGGGUGAACACUGUCAGCAGCGGAUUUGUCCCGAUUGGGAGUUUCAGUGUCCGGGAAGUGGACGCUGCAUUCCGAAGAAGUGGAUGUGCGAUGGAGAGGUGGACUGUUUCAGCGACGGAGCCGAUGAGAAGAAUUGUGAUACAGUGACGAUUGGAUGGGAUCUGGAUUCUUUCACCUGCCACAGCGGCGAGCGCAUCAGUAGACUGUUUGUCUGCGAUGGUGACGCGGAUUGUAUAGAUGGCUCUGAUGAACCGAUCAACUGUACUGAUAGUGCUGUGGCGACCGCGUGUAAGGCAGAUGAGUUCCGAUGCAAGAAUCAGAAAUGCAUUGCAAGUAACCUAACAUGCAACGUCAACAAUGACUGUGAGGAUGGAUCGGAUGAAGAUAUCCAGUUGUGCAAAAACACUACGCUGAUCUGCGCCGGUCCGGAACUGUUCCGUUGCGAGAGUGGAGUAUGCAUAACUAGCGGACUGUUGUGCGAUGGACAGAACGACUGCGGCGAUUGGAGUGACGAGAAGUCCUGCCAGAUCAACGAAUGCGACCAAAUGCCGGAUUUGUGCGCGCAUGCUUGCGAAGAUCGAGAAGUGGGUUACGAGUGCACGUGCAGGCCUGGUUUCAAAGUCAAUGUGAUCAACAAACAUCUUUGUGACGACGUAGAUGAGUGCCUCGAUCGUCCUUGUAGUCAAAUCUGUACCAACACCUACGGGUCGUAUCAUUGUUCGUGUCAGGAAGGUUACGUUAGCCGCGAGAACGGAUCGUGUAAGGCCGAUUCGCUCGAAACCAUGAAACUGAUAUUCUCGAAUCGAUACUAUGUUCGUGAAGUGGACCUCAACGGCUCCAUGACCAUCCUGGCGCACAACCUUUCCAAUGCGGUUGCACUGGACUUUGAUUGGGAGACUAAGUGCUACUACUGGUCCGACGUCAAUUCGGUAAUAAGUUCAAUCAAACGGAUGUGCUUGAGCUCUAACAAGACGGAGACUCUGCACAAGUCUACCUUGAAGAAUCCGGACGGCUUGGCGAUCGAUUGGGUUGCCAGGAAUUUGUAUUGGUGCGACAAAAGUCUGGACACGAUAGAAAUCUCCAAACUGGACGGACGCUAUAGGAAAAUUUUGAUCUCGGAAAACCUCCAAGAGCCAAGGGCUAUCGUGCUGGAUCCCUUCCGCAGAAAUAUGUACUGGACAGAUUGGGGUGAUCAACCGUACAUCGGAAAAGCCGGUAUGGAUGGAUCGAAUCAAACCAUGUUGAUCAAGAACCACCUUGGAUGGCCAAACGCCUUGACGAUCAGUUUCGAAACCAACGAACUUUUCUGGGGCGAUGCAAGGGAGGACUUUAUUGCCGUCAGUGAUCUGGAAGGACGCAACCGCAAAGUGAUCAUCUACCGAGACAUGCAUCCAAGCAUGAACUUGCAUCACGUGUUCGCCAUCGCCGUAUGGGAGGAUCGGAUCUACUGGACAGAUUGGGAAACGAAAUCGAUCGAGUAUUGCCACAAGUAUCGAGGUGAUCAGUGCGGCAACGUGAUCAAGACAAUUCAUCGACCCAUGGACCUCCGCAUUUUCCACCCAUAUCGACAAAAGAAACCCGAGGAGGAUCCCUGCUUGCGAGCUGGAUGCUCAACGCUGUGUCUGCUUUCACCAGACCCACAAGGUUACAAGUGUGCAUGUCCGGAUAAUUUCAUUUUGGGCAUUGACAACAAGACUUGCAUAUCCAAUUGCUCGUCGGCUCAGUUCCUGUGCAACACAACGUUCAAGUGCAUUCCGUACUACUGGAAGUGUGACAAACAGGAUGACUGCGGCGACAACAGCGACGAGCCGGAUGACUGCCCAGAGUUUGCCUGCGAGUCAGGCCAGUUCCAGUGCGAUAACAACAAAUGCAUCAGCCCAAGCUCGAUAUGCGACGGCAUUGAUCAGUGCGGCGACAGCUCGGACGAGAAGGACUGCGACGAUUACGAGUGUUUCAACUCGCAGUUCAAGUGUAGCCGCUCGGGCAAUCAUAGCGCGUUCUGCCUGGAUGGACAUAAGCGUUGCGAUGCGAAGCUGGAUUGCCACAACGGAGAGGACGAGAUCGGCUGCAACGUGACGGCCUGUGCUGACCAUCAGUUCAAGUGCGGUUCGGGCAAGUGCAUUACGAAGGUUUGGGCCUGCGACGGAGACGUCGAUUGCCCGGAUGGUUCGGACGAGAAGAACUGCGGUGAGCGAACGUGCGAGAAUGGAGAGUUUAGGUGCAACAACGGUCGCUGUAUUCCGAAUUCAUGGCGCUGUGAUGGAGAGGAUGAUUGCCACGAUGGAGAAGACGAAAAGGAAAACUGCAAGCAACCGGAUGUGGUAACGUGUGAAGCGUCGUACUUCCGGUGCAACAACUCCAAGUGCAUCCCCGGACGGUGGCAGUGUGACUAUGAGAACGAUUGCGGCGACAACUCAGACGAAGUGAACUGCAAGAUGCGCAACUGCUCGGAAUCGGAAUUCCGCUGCAGAGACGGGUACUGCAUCCGGGGUAUUCGGCAAUGCGACGGAGAGUACAACUGCGAGGAUCACAGCGAUGAGGAGAACUGCGAUUUGAGUUGCAAACCGGACGAGUUCAAGUGCACGGGACAAAACCUAUGCGUGAACAUGAAACUCCUAUGCGACGGCGAUAACGAUUGCAUAGACGGAUCGGACGAAGAGAACUGCGAAUGCCAUGAGGACGAGUUCCGGUGCGACAACGGCAAAUGCAUCCUCAAGAAUUGGGUCUGCGACGGCAUCGACGACUGUUUCGACCGAUCGGACGAAAAAUUCGAGUACUGCCAGGAACACGGAUGCAACAAACGUGCCUUCAAAUGUAGCAAUAGCAACUGCAUCCGCAAGGGGCUGGUGUGCGACAACAAGGACGACUGCGGUGACAACAGCGAUGAGAAGACAAGCAUGUGCCAUAAGUGUCCAGCCGGGACGUUCCGUUGCAGUAGUGAUUCGAAGUGCAUUCCUAGCAGCUUCCGGUGCGACGGCCAGGCGAACUGCAUAGACGAGUCGGAUGAACUCGGUUGCGUUCGAAUGGAUUGCGGUUUUGGAUCUUGCAGUCAGAUAUGCUUGGUCAAGAAGGGUUACUACAAUUGCCAGUGCGCUGCGGGAUAUCGCAAGGGACCACUCCGCAAUGAUACCUGUGUGGCAGCUGAUGAACCAGGCUUACUGUUGGUUUCCUCCGAAUCGGACUUCAGAAGCAUCUACCAGGGAACGACCGUGAUGGGCUACCUACAGACCACUUCGAAGAAGAUCGAUCGGUUCGACUACUCGAUCACCAAACAUAACAUCACGUUGUUCUGGAUCGACAGUCUUGAGAAGUGCUUACAGAAGGUGCACAUGGACACUUCGGUGAAGGUGGAAGAAACGGUAGAAUUUUCUCACAGCGUUCGACCCAGAGCUCUGCCAUCUAGCGAUCGUGUCAAGACACUGGACGGGACACACUCGACUGUAAUUCUGAAAGAUCAAAAAGUCAUCCCACUAGCAAUCGCGUGUGACUGGCUAACGGAACACCUGUACGUCAUCAACAAGAAGCAGAGUAAUAUCUUCGUGAUCAACUUCAACGGCACCAACCAAACGACUCUCACAGCGACUGGAAAACAUCCGAUCGAUAUCGUCGUCGAUCCGAUCAAUCGGGUGAUGGUGUGGUCCGUCAUGGAGGCCAUCAUCCUUUCCGGCAUGGAUGGCUACAAAAAGCAAAAGCUAGUGAGUGCAAACAUCGAGUGGGCGUCCGGUUUGGCCAUUGAUCAAACCACCAACCGGCUCUACUGGGCUGACUACCGCAAGAGUACGAUCGAGACGUGUCUACUCAUGACCGGUGGCGAUCGGCAUGUGAUCCGGGAGAUGUACGACUACUCGAAGCCGAAGCUGUUGGACAUUUUUGAGGACAGUAUCUACGUGAUACUGUACAACCAGAGUAUCCUAAAGUUGAACAAGUUUGGCCGGGACAACGGUACGGAGGUGUUUCAGGGCACCAGAGGAUACAGAUCGUCCGAUCUGCACUAUAUCCAUCCGUUGAAGCAUAAUCGAAAAGCUGCCAACCCAUGCACCAUGUACCCCUGCCACGAAUCGGCCAUUUGUCUACUCUCGAUCGAGGAUCCUCUCGGGCGGCGUUGCCUAUGCCCGGACAACCACAAAAUCGUCAACCAGACUGCUCCGAUGGUUCAGUGCGCCAAGGAAGCACCAAUGGAGUGUAAACUGCCCUGCAACUUCGGCAAGUGUGUCAUCGAAAAUGGCCAGCAGCGGUGCCAGUGUCCGGCGUUGUUCGACGGCAAGUACUGCGAGCACUACAUCUGUUCCGAGUACUGCAAGAAUCGGGGUGCGUGCUACAUCGUAAACAACGUGCGCAAGUGUACCUGUCUGCCCCAGUGGACCGGAGAGCGGUGCGACAUCUCUACGGAAGCAUGCUUGCAGCACUGCCACAACGGAGGCAACUGUUCGAUUUCGAACAACGGCAGUUUAUCUUGCAGUUGUCCGAAGGACUACAGCGGAGCGCAGUGCGAACACUGUUCCAACUUCAAAUGCGAGAAUGGUGGCAUCUGUAGGAAAACCGCCACCGAUAGGGAUCAGUGUGAAUGUCCGGACGGAUUCAGCGGUCGCAGCUGCGAGGUUAACAACUGUGCCAACUAUUGCCACAACGGAGGCGGAUGCGUCAUCGAGAAGGGAUAUCCAAAGUGCAGCUGCCCGGAUGGAUCGUACGGAGAUCGUUGCGAGAAUCAAAAUUGUAAGGAACUCUGCCGGAAUGGAGGUUUCUGCAUGAUCGGUCCGAAGCCGUUCUGUAGUUGUCGGAAAGGCUACGAGGGACAGUACUGCGAGAUCGAUCUAUGCGAAAGCUCCGAAAAUCGACCCGAAUAUUGCCCACCGGUGCGUCCUUCACCAAGCCCGCUGCCGACUCCGUGUGAGCACUACAUCUGCAGCAACACCGGUCACUGUUUGGAGGUGCGUGGUAAACCGAUCUGCAACUGUACCAACCAAUAUGGCGGCAAGCACUGCGAAAUGUACGUCGGGUACAACAAUCCGUGCAUCAACUACUGCAAGAACAGUGGCAUCUGCCAGCUGGAUGUGUACUCGGUGUGGAACGUGACGUACGUGCCUUCGUGUGUGUGCGUCGGCGAAUGGACCGGAACGCAAUGCGAGCGGCCACCGAACUGCAUCGAGGAGUGCGGUACCUGUGUGGCCGGCAGUUCCAUCAACGAGUGCAUAUGCGAAGAUGGUUCGCUUAGCAUUUGUCUGAAGGAGAUUGCCGUUGCCGAACUGGAGGGUCGAGAUCGAGCCGGUUUCACGCUGAAGAUUUUAGCGAUCGUGCUAUUUGUGAUACUGUUAGCGGUGGCCGGGUUCGGCGGUGCACUCUACGGGUUGAAAAAACGUAGAGGCGGGCUUCCAUUUUCACACGCUCGGCUCACAGAGAACGUGGAGAUCACCAAUCCCAUGUAUCUGGGCGAUGUGGAAGAGGUGCCAUCAUUUGUACACGAGGAUGAUAAGGCCCACUUUGCCAACCCAGUGUACGACUCAAUGUACGCGGGCGGAGUGAACGUCCACGCCGAUUCCUCCUCGAUACCGGGCAACAGUGCCCACCCGCUGUUGAACAUGUCCUGCUCGGCUCCGGAGGAGAAGAAGGGACUCCUCCAGCACACACUGGACGACUCGAGCGCCCAGGACUUGUUAUGAUAUCGGAUCAAGAAAUAGUAGCAAAUGCGAUUCUAGAGGGUGACCGAAUCCUUCUAGAAUUAGCGUUGGCAUCACUUGUGCCAGUUGGAUAACGUAGGCAUGCUUGGCUGUAAGUUUUCCCCGAUAAUACUGUUAGAAAUAUGUGUUGAUUUCGUUGCGCUUUAGUAAAGAAACGGAAGAAUAGUCAUUUUCCUACUGUUGGUAACCUUUCGCAAAGGAUUUGUAGAUAUUCUGUAUGUAAGAGUAAUAAUUAACUUUCAAACUCAUGUAAGUAUAGGAUCGAGCUAGAAAAAGUUUUAAAGAUCUCGAAAUUCAAUUUUAGUCAAUGCGGGCGUGUGACGAUUUUUAAAGUUGCUUGACCUGGCUGUCGAGUGGUUUGUCCCAAUGUGACGAUCGCAUUUGAGCGAGAUCCAGUUAGUAAAACCAAUCGAGGAGAAGUGAAUUUAGAAUAAAUUUGAAUCUGCUGUUAGCUUCUAUUUUCCGUUAGUUAGUCAAGGAUCAAUCUUGGUGCCCUGGAAGUGGUAGGACAGAUCGUUAAGAUCACUUCAAAUGAGCUUUAAAUAACUUUACGUUAACUAAUCAAUAAUUACUACAGUGUACAUUUACAGUAUCUAAAUAGUUAUUAUACUCUGAAACAGCUUCAUUAUCACAUUUUACUCGACACUAUGACGGCGCUCUUCCUGUGAAGCGAACACAUUUUUCUCAAACGACAAAGCAACAAUAAAUUUAAACUAACCAUGAUGCGGAAUUUGUCCAUCCACUUUUUGAUAAUAAGCCAAAUUAGCAAAUAACAAAGCAACAAUUAUUGUUAAAGAAAAGCAGAUCAAAGCUUGUUUGUAAAGAAAACAGAAAUUAAACGAAAAACACUAGAAAUUGUUUGUGAUUUUUUAAAGAAAACAAGACGUAAAUAAACGAAUCCUAAUGUUAAAGAAAAAUAUUACUAGUUCUGAGAAAUUAUGUGAAGCACGGCAGUUAAAAUAAUACUAGUUAGUUAGAAAUAAUGUGAACGAUAUCGACUCAUCUGAAGGAUCGACUCUAGAUGGAAACAUUUUGCCAUAAAGGAAGAUGAAACUACGAACACAUUGAUAUCCAAUGCCAUAUAGAUAAAUCAAUUCCAGUUUGCCAAUACAGAAUAGACACAUUACAAUAGGUAUGCAUUAAGGAAAGGACGAAGAAAAAAGAAAUCAAUCAUCAAACGAAAUAUGUGGAAGUUUUUUACGCGACACACGUGAACAUAGCUGUAGUAGUUUUUGUACUGAACGUAGACGUGGUCGAAAUUGAAGCAAGAGUUGCAAAAAUAAAACGAAAAACCCAAAGUGAAACUGAUGACGACGGUUGAAAUUCUGCCACGAAAAAAAAAACUAGGAAAAUCGUUUGAAAUAAAGACUGUAAUUUUGCAAA